GCGCUCUAUUUCGUGCAUAGGACCUCCGAUUAUCACCAUCCUACUAGCGAUGCCGCAUCGUGGGCUGCGUUAGUCUUCGGGCAUUCUCCGACGCGCGGCGCGCGGCCGCGGGGGAUGUACGAAGAGUCCGAAAAGUACUGGGGACCAGUGGGGCAAACUAGCCGAUCACCGCAAAACUUGCGACGAAGGACGACAUGCGUAUUCUCAGCUUAAUUCAGGACAUUGUUCCUGGUUGCUAUAAACAAAGAGCUCGCAGUUCCUUUGGCCUGGUGCCCGUCCUUCGGUUAUGAAAGAUCGACAGAAAGCUGCCGAAGCCGCUGUCUUCGACCAGACCGACUUACUCCCGAAGAAAGAGCUUUUGAUUGUAUUCAGCGCCUUAGCAGUAUCGCUAUUUAUCUGUUUCGUCGACCAGAAUGGAAUUGGUGUGGCGCUCCCUACGAUAGGCCGAGAACUGAAUGCUGAGGCCACGGUCAGUUGGGCCGGAACGAGUGCGUUGAUUGCGAACACCGUUUUUCAGGUAUUGUACGGUCGUAUGUCGGACCUGUUUGGGAGAAAAGCUGUAUUCAUGUCAGCUCUAGGACUCUUGACUAUCAGUGACUUGCUCUGCGGACUAUCACAAAAUGCAACAAUGCUUUAUGUUUUCCGAGGGCUGGCUGGUGUUGCAAAUGGCGGCAUCACGUCACUCGCCAUGAUGAUCGUUUCGGACAUCGUCACAUUGAAAGAGCGAGGAAAAUACCAGGGUAUUCUAGGCUCCUGCGUUGGGCUCGGAAACAUGGUCGGCCCAUUUGCCGCCGCAGCGUUCGUACAGCAUUCUACAUGGAGAGGUCUCUUCUGGGUGAUCAGUCCCCUUGCAGCAGUUUGUUGUGCUGUCUGCUACUUCACUCUCCCUGUGCCCAAAGUCGCGUCAAAACCAGACUACCGGGCUCUUUGCAAAAAGAUCGACUACUGGGGCAUUUUCGCGGGAUCUGCGGCGAUCAUCUUGAUACUCAUUCCGGUGUCAGGAGGUGGAAGCUACUUUCCUUGGGACUCCGCAAUGGUCAUUUCGAUGCUGGUCGUCGGCGGCUGUUGCAUGCUGGCCUUCCUCUUUAUUGAGUAUCGGGUUGCGUUACUUCCUAUGAUGCCAUUGUCCCUGUUCACAUCCGCACCGAUAUGCGUGAUGCUCUUACAAAACUUCCUAUUUGGCAUCGUGUAUUAUUCACAACUUUACUACCUCCCUUUAUUCUUCCAAAACGCACGUGAGAUGCCUCCGAUUCUCUCCGCCGCUCUGGUACUGCCAAUCCCUUGCGCGCAGAUGACAGCCUCUAUCCUCUCGGGCCAGUACAUAUCGCGCCGAGAACGUUAUGGAGAAGUCAUCUGGUCUGGCUUCUUUCUCUGGACCCUUGGGAUUGGCCUGACUUGCAUGUUCGACCUGAACACGUCUAUUGCAGCUAUUGUUGUCAUCCUUGUGCUGCAAGGUGUAGGCGUUGGUUUUGUCUUCCAACCUACACUUGUCGCUCUGCAAGCACACUGCACAAAGGCUCAACGCGCAGUCGUCAUCUCAAACCGCAACUUUCUACGCAGCCUCGGAGGUGCAGUAGGUCUCGCCAUAUCUGCCGCAGUACUGCAAAAUUCGCUCAAGAAAGCAUUGCCGUCGGACUUUGUAUCGCUUGCGCUCUCUACGUAUGCAACACCGAAUUUCAAGGCGCUUGGAGCGUCGCCUGCUCAGAAGCACGAGAUUUUACUAGCUUAUGCGCACGCAAGCCGAACAGUCUUCAUUAUGAACGUACCUUUCAUCGGACUCUGCCUGCUUGGAUGUCUGCUGAUCAAGGAUCGAGGGCUGCAGCGUCCAGAUGAAACACAGCAGCCCUUUAAAUCAGAUGAUCUUACUGAGGAUCGAGAGGCGAACGAAAGUCAAGAAGAGAAGGGCGUGGUCACGGGUGGGGCUAAAGAGGAAACGUCAAAUCCCGGCACAUCGACUAGAUGAGUAUCAAUGUCAGGUCGCCGAUUAGCAUUCUUGAUGCAUGUACAUGUACAUUCUCUGAUUACUGCAUGUCAGAGGGGUUUCAUAUGAUAAGCGCCGAUGGUGCUGUAGGACGUUGCUCAUUCCCCACGUUCAGGCAACCACGAGCCUUAAUCAUCUUGCCUCUAUCUAACUUAUACAUCGUAGUAGCUUCCUCCCUGUUAUCAUGC